GGCUCGAAGUGCUCGUUUAGUUCCGGGAUCAUUGCCCUUUUGAGAUUGGGCCAAGAUGACCAGGCCUACGAGCAACAUCUCCCGACGCCGGCCAGGGCUGGCCGUGGCGGUCCUGGUGCUGGGCGCGUGGCAAGGAUACAACUUCCUGGGCCUCAGCGAGGCUCCCAAGAAGCCGCCGCCGCCGACCACGCGCCACGCCUCGGUGGUCGACAGCCUGAAAAACCCUGUGAAAACCGUCUCGGAGACGAUUGAUGAUUUCUACAAGGCCUAUCCCCAGCCACCAGUGUUGCCAAUGUAUAGGAGCUUCCUGGUCGACUUCAUCACUCAGACUCACCUGACCAGCGUGGACUCUAGAUUCAAGUAUGACGCCAUCUUCGCCUUGGGCAUGAGGCACUACUUCACCGGCCUGAUGGGCAACUACGAUAAGUUGGUGAUGAGUGAGGAAUCCGAGAAGAUUUGGAAGGCCCUGGUGACAGCCAUGGGCAUGAAGCCAGAUCAGGUUGUCGCGGAUGCAGAGACUGUUGCCAGCUACGCCAGCUCUACCUCCCCAGCCGACAUUCUGAAGCACAUGGAGGGCACGGAGAAGGCCUCGGAGUCCAAAGUGGGCGCCGCCUUCGAGUCCAUCAGGUCGUCUCUUUACAGCAUUACCUUCAGCAUGGGCCUCUUCCGCAUCAUGGAGCUGAGUGGCGUCGACGUCACGAAGGCCAAUGCGGAGGAAUGGGCUAAGGCAUUGAAGAUCGAGCCUCCGUCGAAGGUCACCUCAGACUUUGAGACCUACAAGCAGAACCAGGUGAAGCUGCAGAAGGCGGAGGAGAUGCUUCGAGAGAUCGAGAUCCGCGAGAAGAAGAAGCUUGCAGAGAGGCUCGAGGCUAAAGCGAAGGCGCUUGCAGAGAAGGCUGCAAAGAAGGAGCCAGAGGCAGCUGCCUCGUGAGCAAGGCAACCUGUUUCCCACCGGGCAUUGGGAGAUGUCCUUUAUAUAGGGACCAAUUUCUGAGUGGUCAACUUCUGUUGGCCAUGGGAAGAGUUUCGAGCAAUUUUCACGGCGCGAGCAGUUUGCGUCAGCCGCGGU